AUGACAGAAUUUCGGCGGACGAGACAGCGCAAUCGCCUCUGGCGCUUGACCAUCGGGGAAUGGUUCAACACCCUCGUUCUAUGCGUCAGCUAUUUCGGAAUCAUCUACGCAUAUUCCAGGAAACCUACCAUUAGUGUUCCUCAGCGGAGAGUCUUCAAUGCUCUGACGACUGGUAACUCUCUCUUGCUCGGUGUGAAUCUGGCUGCAUCACUGCGCAGCUAUGCGAAAUUAGUGCGUUGGCGGAUGCUGGCGGUCUGUUAUCGACCGCUGGAAACGUUUGACCUGGUCAUGGGCUGCGAUAGUCUGAUGAAUGUGCUCAAACUUCUUUGGAAAGCUCGGGACACCAAGCAUAAGUUUCUGCCCUCGAGAACGCAAAUCUUGUGCUUUUUGUGGCUUCUCGUCCAUAUGGCAAUCACGAUUCUUGUCGGCAUCAUCGGUCUGAACUACAAUCUCGAUACAUCGCCGGACUAUGUCCUCUUGAAGCACGGGAGUGUCAGUAUUGUCGACUUGGAUGCCCUUUCAACGGGCCACUACCUGAUGGACCUCAGCACUGUUCAAAACUGGGGUGUCACGGGUGAAAUCACGCAACCUCUGGAUAUGAGCAGCUCGCGCGAAUACCAAUCAAGUUAUUUCUCCUCCUUUGAUGGGCAGACGCUCUACUAUUUCCAGGAUUCCAACGCGGCCGACUACCAACAGAAGACCGUCUCGACCCGAUAUAUUAGUACAUACGCAUCCUGCGACGCUUACAAAGUUGUCGAAGGUCAGUACGGGAAUUUGUCGUACAUUGUGUAUGACGACGGCCAAAAAGACGUCAAUCAGUCACUCCCUGCUCCCCCUGGUCCAGCAGGUCUCUUGGUGCUGUCCAUGUUGAAUUCGACCUGUGGUUCACGGUGUGUCGACGUCAGAUCCUUUCAGGCCGCGUCGGUGCCAACCAAUACGGUUGACGACGACAGCGAUACCAUUCUCGAAGGACGCUUCUUUCUUUGUAACAACACUGUCUCUCAAGUCGGCGAGGACACUGGCACACUUCCUGCAGAUUAUUCCGUUUCCGAUCUGACGGCGCGGAUGCUCGCUGGAGCAAUCGGCUGGAGCGACAAUCCGCCCGUUCUCGGCGGCAUAGCACUGUCGAACACGUACACCAACUUCUCCAACUAUGGGUUCACGACCAUACCCAGCAAAUCGGACAUGGCCAAUGCGAUUUCUUCGUUUUCUAUGGGAGCCAUUGCGAUUAUGGAUAGCUCGAAUGCCAUGACGCGGAAAAAUGUGACUGACGGGGAAACGCCCAUCGCUGCUCAGGUGCUCCGUGUACACUGGAGUUACGCCGGGGCGAUUCUGGCCGUCAUCCCCUUCAUCCAUUUCUGGACCCUCAUGGCCGUCAUCGUUUGGGCAAACAAGGCCAUCAUCAAAGACGACACCCCGCUCGCCAUUGCAAAGCUCUACUUCACCUUUCUCUCACAGUUGGGCGAUCGUGGAUGCCUGCUACGGGGGGAGCAGAUCGUCCAAACACUCCACAACCCGCAGGUGGUCUACGGUUGGAGGACCAGCCUCGAACAUGAUGGCGCAAUGCAUGUGGACAUUUUCCAGAAAGAUCGAGACGGUCCAAGGGCCUCAGGCCCGUUUGUGGAAGGAUGGUACGAUGGGAAGAGCAAGACGAGUAAACCCGUCCGGUCUGAGGCGGGCCUCGGACAGAGGAGAAGAUAUCGCGACAUUGACGCAGCCGAUUAUUUCUGA